AUGUCGGAUGAACCGGAUACGUUAGUCAAACAUGCACAAUUCGAAAGACGUUCGUUUGCAAAGCGAUCGAUGCCAAAUAUUGCAAUAGAAACUAAUGUAGUUACUACUCAUCAUGUUACUAAACACGCAAGUGUAUCACAUUCUCUAUGUCGUCGGCAUUCAAAACAUACAGGUAAACGAUCUGUCGCGAUGGGACAUCAUGCAUUUCUGCCACCGGCCUGCUAUCAUUCAUGGGAACCUGAAUAUAGUAAACUUUUUAUUCGAGAGAAAACACAGAAAACUAUGACAAAAGAUUCGUAUUGGUCACCGUUAUCCGGUUUUGAACAAGCAAAAGAAAGUGUGAUUGCAAACGAAGAACUAUGUCCGGUAUUGAUACCAUUCAAUAGUGUUCAUACUGAGAAACCAGUAAUCCGCUACAAAGUAAAACCAAUAUUACCAACUAUCGUUCGGUAUAUGCGAGCGAACGAUCUAUUUCCAUCUCAACGUUAUAAACUGCCUGAACCAAAGAAACCGCCUGUACAAAUACCACUCAUUGAAGUUUCAAGAACGGAUGGUGUUCUUUCAAGUUUAACUGUAAAAGAUCGAUUGCUAAAUCGAGCUCGAAUGUCAGAAGAUCCGUCUGUGGUUAUUCGACGACCGCCGAGAAGGUUAACUAUUACUACUCUUUCUGCAUUGACGGUUUUCACUUAG